AUGUCGAAGGAAACCUUUGGAUACCUUUGUGCAAAGCUAAGUCCAGCGAUGGAGAAGCAAAGCACAAACUUCAGAGCUAGUUUGCCAGUGAGGAAAAGAGUUGUCAUUGCACUGUGGAAGCUGGCUACCAACAGUGAAUACCGAAGUAUAGGCCACCUUUUCGGUGUGAGCAAAUCAACAGUGUGCCGGUGUGUGCAGGACUUCUGUAAGGCUGUCUGCACAUUGCUAGCUCCUGAGAUUGUUCAUUUUCCAGACAGUGAAAAGCUAAAAGACAUGGCUAACUACUUUGAGGACAGGUGGGGCCUUCCACAGUGUGUUGGUGCUAUUGAUGGGUCACACUUACCAAUAAUAGCACCACAAGUAUACCACACUGACUAUUUUAACCGAAAAGGCUGGUAUUCCAUCAUCCUCCAGAAAGUAGUGGAUGCAAAAGGACUAUUCUGGAGUGUGAAUGUGGGAAAACCUGGAAGUUUGCAUGAUGCUCGAGUUCUAAGAUUGUCAACAUUUUGGGACUGGGUUGGCCAGGGAGGCCUGUACUCUGGCCACACUAGGAAAAUUUCAGGGGUGAAUGUUGGCUAUUAUGUGCUCGGGGAUUCUGCAUACCCUUUGCAAAAUUGGCUCCUGAAACCAUUUGCUGACAAUGGCCGCCUGACACCAGAACAGCAAAUCUACAACAGGAAAACAUCCAGGGCAAGGGUGGUUGUAGAGAAUGCAUUUGGAAGACUAAAGGGUAGAUGGCGGUGUCUUAUGAAAAGGAAUGACAGUGACAUUGAACUUCCAAAAGCCAUGGUGCUUACUUGCUGUGCUCUUCACAAUAUUUGUGAAAGACAUGGAGAAGACUUCUACCAGGACUGGAAUACGAAUGCAGAAGAGCCAGUACGGGUAGUAGCACAGGAUAUGGAGGAAGAGUGCAAUGAAGUACGUCAGGCUCUGAUGCGACACCUUAACGCUUAA